GUCUCUACUAUUUAAGGACCUUCUCUAGCAGAGAGUUCUCAACAUUUCACUACCUUGCUUUCUUCUCUCUGGAGAGAGUGAGGAGGGUAUACAUUACAUUACAACACUUAGUAACCAUAAUAACUAAAAAUGGGAAAGUAUGUUCUAGCAACCACCUUCCUCCUCCUUCUCAAUUUGGGUACCUUACUCACUUCCCUUGCUAGACCCUACUGUCCACCACCAGAAUACCCUCCUAAACACCCACCAAAACACCCAUCUCAUCCUAAACCACCAAAACACCCUCCCCAUGUCAAACCACACCCUCCCCAUGUCAAACCACAUCCUCCGUACAAGCCAAAACCACCACCACAUUCUCCCAAACCGCCCAUUGUGCACCCUCCCAAGCCUCCCCACGUCAAACCGCCAGCUGUACAACCACCACCAACCAUUCCAAAGCCACCCCCAGUUGCACCAAAGCCCCCUCCAUCAACACCAACACCGGUCUUACCUAAGCCCCCUCCUUUGACGCCGACACCAGAGGUUCCUAAACCCCCUCCAUCAACGCCAGUGCCUGUGGUUCCAAAGCCUCCUCCAUCGACACCUACUCCAGUAAUUCCAAAGCCCCCUCCAUUAACACCUACGCCAGUGAUUCCAAAGCCCCCUCCAUCAACGCCUGUCCCAGUGGUUCCAAAGCCCCCUCCAUCCACGCCAACGCCAGUAGUACCUAAGCCUCCUCCUCUAACGCCAGCACCAGUGAUUCCUAAGCCCCCUCCUUCGAUGCCAACACCAGAGGUUCCCAAGCCCCCUCCAUCAACACCUGCACCUAUAAUUCCAAAACCUCCUCCAUCAACACCUACUCCAGUAGUUCCAAAGCCCCCUCCAUCAACUCCUACCCCAAUAGUCCCUAAGCCCCCUCCUUCAACAUCACCACCAGUGGUACCAAAGCCUCCUCCUAUGACACCAACACCAGUGGUUCCUAAGCCACCUCCUUCGACACCAGAGGUUCCCAAGCCCCCUCCAUCAACGCCUACGCCUGUAGUUCCAAAGCCUCCUCCGUCGACACCUACUCCAGUAGUUCCAAAGCCUCCUCCAUCAGCGCCUGUGCCAGUGAUUCCUAAGCCCCCUCCAUCAACGCCUGCACCUGUAGUUCCAAAGCCACCACCAUCGACACCUAUUCCGGUAGUUCCGAAGCCUCCUCCAUCAACACCUACGCCAGUGAUUCCUAAACCCCCUCCAUCAACGCCUGAGCCAGUGAUUCCAAAGCCCCCUCCAUCAAUUCCUACCCCAAUUCCUAAGCCGCCUCCUUCGACACCAGUGCCUGUUAUACCGAAGCCCCCUCCUUCGACACCAGCACCAGUAGUUCCUAAGCCCCCUCCAUCCACGCCAGAGCCAGUGCUACCUAAUCCUCCUCCAGUGACACCAGCACCAGUGGUUCCUAAACCCCCUCCUUCUACGCCUGUGCCCAUAAUACCUAAUCCCCCUCCUUCAACACCAUCACCAAUAGUACCUAAACCUCCUCCUACCACACCUACCACACCAGUGCCAGUGGUCCCUAAGCCCCCUCCAUUAACGCCUAUGCCUGUGGUUCCUGAACCCCCUCCAUCAACGCCUGUGCCUGUGGUUCCAAAGCCUCCUCCAUCAAUUCCUGCUCCUGUAGUUCCAAAGCCCCCUCCAUCAACACCUACCCCGGUGAUUCCUAAGCCUCCUCCCUCCACGCCAGCACCAGUGGUUCCUAAACCCCCUCCCUCUACGCCAGCACCAGUAGUACCUAAGCCCCCUCCUUCCACGCCAGUUCCUGUGAUACCUAAGCCCCCUCCAUCAACACCAACACCAGUAGUACCUAAGCCUCCUCCUUCCACACCAAUGCCAGUGGUCCCUAUGCCUCCUCCAACAACGCCCGCACCUGUGAUUCCAAAGCCCCCUCCAUCAACGCCUGUACCAGUGGUUCCAAAGCCUCCUCCUUCGACACCAACACCAGUUGUUCCUAAGCCUCCUCCAUCUACGCCAGCGCCAGUGGUACCCAAGCCUCCUCCUUUGAUGCCAACACCGGUAGUUCCUAAGCCCCCUCCUUCCACUCCAGUGCCAGUGGUUCCUAAGCCCCCUCCUUCAACACCAGUGCCUGUGAUACCCAAGCCACCUCCAUCCACACCAACACCAGUGGUUCCUAAGCCUCCUCCAUCUACGCCAGUACCAGUGGUACCUAAACCUCCUCCUAUGACGCCAGCACCGGUGGUUCCUAAGCCUCCUCCUUCCACGCCAGUACCUGUACUACCUAAGCCCCCUCCUUCCACGCCAACACCAGUGCUACCUAAGCCCCCUCCUUCCACGCCAACACCGGUGGUUCCUAUGCCCCCUCCGUUAACGCCAGCACCUGUGAUGCCAAAGCCCCCUCCAUCAGUGCCUACUCCAGUGGUUCCUAAGCCGCCUCCUUCAACACCAGUGCCCGUGAUACCUAAGCCUCCUCCUUUGACUCCAGCACCGGUGGUUCCUAAGCCCCCACCUUCGGUGCCAGUGCCAGUGAUACCUAAACCUCCUCCUUUGACACCAACACCAAUUGUUCCGAAACCACCUCCUACCACACCAUCACCUGUUGUACCAAAGCCACCUCCUACCACACCGUCACCUGUUGUACCAAAGCCACCUCCUACCACACCGUCACCUAUUGUACCAAAGCCACCUCCUACCACACCGUCACCUGUUGUACCAAAGCCACCUCCUACCACACCGACACCUGUGGUACCAAAACCACCUCCUUCCACACCGUCACCUAUUCUACCAAAACCACCUCCUACCACACCAACACCUGUGGUACCUAAACCCCCUCCUUCAACACCAGAACCCGUGGUUCCUAAGCCUCCUCCUUCAAUGCCAUCACCCGUUGUGCCUAAGCCUCCUCCUUUGACACCAACCCCUGUGAUACCAAAACCACCUCCUGCCACACCAUCACCUGUGGUACCAAAACCACCUCCUUCCACACCAUCACCUAUUGUACCAAAACCACCUCCUACCACACCGACACCUGUGGUACCUAAACCCCCUCCUUCAACACCAGAACCCGUGGUUCCAAAGCCUCCUCCUUCAAUGCCAUCACCGGUUGUACCUCCUCCUCUAACACCAACCCCUGUUAUACCUAAACCACCUCCUACCACACCAUCGCCUGUUGUACCGAAACCACCUCCUACCACACCGGAACCUGUGGUACCUAAACCCCCUCCUUCAACACCCGAACCUGUUAUACCAAAACCACCUCCUACCACACCGUCACCUAUUGUGCCAAAACCACCUCCUACCACACCGUCACCUGUUGUGCCAAAACCACCUCCUACUACACCAACACCUGUUGUGCCAAAACCACCUCCUUCCACACCUUCACCUAUUAUACCAAAACCACCUCCUACCACACCAGAACCUGUGGUACCUAAGCCCCCUCCUUCAACACCAGAGCCUGUGACUCCUAAGCCCCCUCCUUCGGUGUGUCCUCCACCGUCUCCAACGCAGGAAACGUGUCCCAUAGACACUCUAAAGCUCGGGGCGUGUGUGGAUGUUUUGGGCGGUUUGGUCAAUAUAGGUAUCGGGGGAAGUGCAAAGGACAAGUGUUGUCCAGUGCUUAAAGGCUUGGUAGACUUAGACGCAGCAGUUUGUCUAUGUACUUCUAUUAAGGCUAAGCUCCUUAACGUUAAUGUUAUCAUCCCAAUUGCUCUUCAAGUUCUCGCUGACUGUGGGAAGACUCCUCCACCUGGAUUUCAGUGUCCCGCUUAAAUUCAUCACGUCUCGUAUUUGAUUAACUUCUAAGAGAAAAUUGGUUUGGUCAAUUACUUACCAGGUUUUGAACUUACAAAAAGGAAAGGUUAAUCAAAUAAAUAAAAAUAAAGAUGUUCUCGUUAUUUUUAUUAUUAAUGUUUGAUGUUAUUUGUUUAGUACCUUGGAUAUUAUGUGUACCUACCAAAGAAGUAAUAAAAUCAAGAUAUUACUUCUUACUAAGGAGAUUUUCUACCAUUUGUUUGUUUAUAUAUUUCAACAUUGUGGUGAUCUAAUAAAUCAUGUUCAAUAUUUUAAUGGUA